AUGAUUUUUGUUUCCUUCGUGACUAUCAAUGUCUUCGCCAGUACAUACGGCAAGAUCUGGCUUGAGCGGUGGGCUAACCGCGGCGGAGGUCAAAAGCCGUUAUAUGUCACAAUAUACUUCCUCCUCGCGAUUUGCAACACUAUCGGGAAUGGUGGCUACGUUUGGGCUAUCUUGAUCCUAAUUUCGCCCGCAACGGCACGCCGCCUUCACUAUGUCGUGCUGAGGACCGUUAUUAGGGCGACACCGCAGUUCCUUUCAACAGUUGACAAUGGGUCAAUAUUGAACCGAUUCAGCCAAGACAUGACCCUCGUAGAAAGUCAAUUGCCUAUCGGCGUGUUGAUCACAGUUUCAAAUCUUUUCUCAUCAAUUGCUAGCGCUGCACUCAUUGCUACGGGAUCGGAAUACAUGGCUAUCUCCCUCCCUUUCUUGAUAUUUGCUGUCUUUUUGCUACAGCAUGUUUAUCUAAAAACAUCACGACAGCUCCGACUUCUGGACCUCGAAAGCAGAAGCCCACUGUACUCUCAUUUCCUUGAUACAGUCGAGGGCCUUGCUACAAUUCAAGCAUUUGGGUGGGAAGAAGACUUCCAGAACAAGAACUCAAGACUAUUAGAUGUCACCCAACGCACAUACUAUAUGCUAAAUUGCAUCCAACGUUGGCUGAAUCUGGUCCUGGAUCUGAUUGUUGCCGCAGAAGCGAUUAUUGUCGUUAGCCUAGCGGUAUUUUUGAGGCAGAAGACUAGUGUGGGAUUACUCGGAGUUUCACUAAACAGCAUCCUCUCAUUCAACGGAAGUCUCUCAUCUUUAAUAUCGGGCUGGACACAACUUGAGAUAUCACUUGGUUCAAUCUCACGAGUCAAAGAUUUUGAAAUGGAGGUUCCCAGCGAAGUCACAAGCGGAAAAACGGAACCACCUAGCGAUUGGCCAGAUCGGGGCGCAAUUCACGUCUCGGAAGUUAGUGCACAGUACCAUCCGAAAGCUAUUGCUUUGAAGAGUGUCUCUCUCGUGGCCUCUCCUGGUCAGAAGAUCGGCAUUUGUGGGCGCACUGGGAGUGGAAAGAGCUCCCUAUUAUCCGCAAUUUUGGGCAUACUCACUAUCACGAAUGGAUCAAUUCUGAUCGACAACGUCGAUCUUGCCACCCUCCAACCUGAAAGGGUCAGAGAAAGGAUCGUCACCAUUCCUCAGGAUCCAUUCAUUAUGGUGGGCUGUACAGUCAGGUUGAACACAGACCCCACAGGAAAGUUCCCCGAUGCAGAUAUCAUCGCGGCCCUAGACCGAGUAGGGAUUUGGAAGGGCGUGUUGGAUGACAGGGGUGGACUGGAAGCUGAGAUAACUAAUACUUUAUCUCUAUCGAGAGGCCAACAACAAUUGCUGGAGCUUGCCCGUGCAAUACUGAAGAUACAGGCGAGCAACGCCAAGAUCCUGCUGAUCGAUGAAGCAACUAGCGGUGUCGACAUGGAAACGGACGCUCAUGUUCAGGCUCUUCUGCGACGCGAGCCGUUUCAUUCAUGCACGGCUCUUACUGUGGCACACCGUGUCCAUACGCUCAUGGAUCAUGAUUUAGUCCUCGUUCUAGAUCAGGGAAAGGUGAUAGAGAUGGAUGGGCCCGGGAAACUUGCUGGCCGGAAAGAUAGUAUCUUUAGCAGCCUUCUCAACAGCCAGGCAUAUUGA